UCAUGACUCCAGUUGUUCACCUCUCCUCCCAUCAUGACUCCAGUGGUGGACCUCUCCUCCCCUCAGGACUCCAGUGGUGGACCUCUCCUCCUCUCAUGACUCCAGUGAUGGACCUCUCCUCCACUCAUGACUCCAGUGAUGGACCUCUCCUCCCCUCUGGACUCCAGUUGUUCACCUCUCCUCCCAUCAUGACUCCAGUGGUGAACCUCUCCUCCCCUCAUGACUCCAGUGAUGGACCUCUCCUCCUCAGGACUCCAGUGGUGGACCUCUCCUCCCCUCUGGACUCCAGUUGUUCACCUCUCCUCCCCUCAUGACUCCAGUGAUGGACCUCUCCUCCCCUCAGGACUCCAGUGAUGGACCUCUCCUCCCCUCAGGACUCCAGUGGUGGACCUCUCCUCUCCCCUCAUGACUCCAGUGAUGGACCUCUCCUCCCCUCAUGACUCCAGUGGUGGACCUCUCCUCCCCUCAUGACUCCAGUCAUGGACCCCCUCAUGACUCCAGUGAUGGACCUCUCCUCCCCUCAUGACUCCAGUGGUGGACUUCUCCUCCCCUCUGGACUCCAGUUGUUCACCUCUCCUCCCAUCAUGACUCCCGUGGUGGACCUCUCCUCCCCUCUGGACUCCAGUUGUUCACCUCUCCUCCCAUCAUGACUCCAGUGGUGGACCUCUCCUCCCCUCAUGACUCCAGUUGUUCACCUCUCCUCCCAUCAUGACUCCAGUGGUGGACCUCUCCUCCCCUCAUGACUCCAGUCAUGGACCCCCUCAUGACUCCAGUGAUGGACCUCUCCUCCCCUCAUGACUCCAGUCAUGGAACCCCUCAUGACUCCAGUGAUGGACCUCUCCUCCCCUCAGGACUCCAGUGGUGGACCUCUCCUCCUCUCAGGACUCCAGUGAUGGACCUCUCCUCUCCCCUCAUGACUCCAGUGGUGGACCUCUCCUCUCCCCUCAUGACUCCAGUGAUGGACCUCUCCUCCUCUCAGGACUCCAGUGGUGGACCUCUCCUCUCCCCUCAUGACUCCAGUGAUGGACCUCUCCUCCUCUCAGGACUCCAGUGGUGGACCUCUCCUCUCCCCUCAUGACUCCAGUGGUGGACCUCUCCUCCUCAGGACUCCAGUGGUGGACCUCUCCUCCCCUCAUGACUCCAGUGGUGGACCUCUUCUCCCCUCAUGACUCCAGUGGUGGACCUCUUCUCCCCUCAUGACUCCAGGGAUGGACCUCUCCUCCUCAUGACUCCAGUGGUGGACCUCUCCUCCUCAUGACUCCAGUGGUGGACCUCUUCUCCCCUCAUGACUCCAGGGAUGGACCUCUCCUCCUCAUGACUCCAGUGGUGGACCUCUCCUCUCCCCUCAUGACUCCAGUGGUGGACCUCUCCUCCUCAGGACUCCAGUGGUGGACCUCUCCUCCCCUCAUGACUCCAGUGGUGGACCUCUUCUCCCCUCAUGACUCCAGUGGUGGACCUCUCCUCUCCCCUCAUGACUCCAGUGGUGGACCUCUCCUCCUCAUGACUCCAGUGGUGGACCUCUCCUCCUCAUGACUCCAGUGGUGGACCUCUCCUCCCCUCAUGACUCCAGUAGUGGACCUCUCCUCCCCUCAUGACUCCAGUGGUGGACCUCUCCUCCCCUCAUGACUCCAGUGGUGGACCUCUCCUCCCCUCAUGACUCCAGUGGUGGACCUCUUCUCCCCUCAUGACUCCAGGGAUGGACCUCUCCUCCCCUCAUGACUCCAGUGAUGGACCUCUCCUCCUCAUGACUCCAGGGAUGGACCUCUCCUCCUCAUGACUCCAGUGAUGGACCUCUCCUCCUCAGGACUCCAGUGGUGGACCUCUCCUCCCCUCUGGACUCCAGUUGUUCACCUCUCCUCCCAUCAUGACUCCAGGGAAGGACCUCUCUUCCCCUCAUGACUCCAGUGAUGGACCUCUCCUCCCCUCAGGACUCCAGUGGUGGACCACUCCUCUCCACCCAUGACUCCAGUGAUGGACCUCUCCUCCCCUCAUGACUCCAGUGAUGGACCUCUCCUCCCCUCUGGACUCCAGUUGUUCACCUCUCCUCCCAUCAUGAGUCCAGUGGUGGACCUCUCCUCCCCUCAGGGCUCCAGUGGUGGAACUCUCCCCCUCUCAGGACCAGUGGUGGACCACUCCUCUCCACCCAUGACUCCAGUGAUGGACCUCUCCUCCCCUCAUGACUCCAGUGGUGGACCUCUCCUCCCCUCAUGACUCCAGUGAUGGACCUCUCCUCCCCUCUGGACUCCAGUUAUUCACCUCUCUCCUUUAUUUUACUAGGCAAGUCAGUUAAGAACAAAUUCUUAUUUUCAAUGACAGCCUAGGAACAGUGGGUUAACUGCCUGUUCAGGGGCAGAACGACAGAUUUGUACCUUGUCAGCUCAAACCACUAGGCUACCCUGCCGCCCCGACAGGAAGAGGAUGAGGGACUGUGUCCCUACUUUAAAAGGGAACAGGAGGCUUGGGGGGUGUCACCCCAUUUGUCGUCCUCUGGCACCGGCCACAGAUCCCAGACAGAACACUGGACAUAUAUAGUGAGUGUGUGAAGUGUCAAUCAAAGUGAAGAGGAGUGAAGAGUUCUCUUUCACACAAGAACAAACUGGAAACUCAGAGCAGCUUGCCUUGGACUUGGCAUAAUGACAGCUCACUGUUGUCUGUUGUUUCUAGCUAGCUAAUGUUGAUAGCUAGAUGACAGGUAACUAGCGAGCUCACUAGUUAACUAUGGGGUCUUGCUGUAAUUCAGCGGCAGCACAUCAUAUUGUUCACAAUCCAGUACAUUCAGAGGAGCUGUGUGAUGCACAAAAAUGCUUGUUUAUCACUGAAUAACAGCAGCUUCAUGUAGCUAACAAGCUAGUUGAGAUCACUAGUUCACUCAAUUAAAACACCAGUUCAACAUAAGUCCCAAUAACACAGUACUUUUAAGUACGUGACUGUUUUAUUCUAUAUAUAUUUUUGCCAUUUUCAAAUGUUAUUUUACCUUCUAUUUUGUAUAUUUUCAUCAGACUUGUAGGGACAUAUGAAGCCUGGAAGCUGCAGUAAUGUUGAGAUGUCAGUAGGGAGAGCUCUAGUCUAGAACACUGGAACCAAAGAUACUCCUCUUUCAUCUGUUCUGGAACCUUCAGUACCAGCUGAUGAGGAGUAAUGGGAAUGGGUCACAUUUUGUCUCUUGUAAAACAUGUAGGUCCACUCCUCAAAUAAAGAAAUGCAACUACAGUAUUCUGACUUUAGCACAUUUUCGAUUUAGAUUCAGUAACAUCCCUUAUGUGACAUGUUGUUGCUGCAUGUUAAUGACCUGUCUAGACUACUUUAAAAUGUGUCAACCACAGAACUCACACUUAGGCUUUGCCUGCUUCUACUAACACUUACAGUAGACUACUUCUUGUUUCCACGCAGUGACAGUAAGUUGACUAACUGUUCAAGACCUCUCCUCUUCACUUCACUCUACUGCAGGGUGGGAGAUGCAACAAUGGCCUUGAGAACAGCAGGAAGUGUGUUGGUGGUCUUUCUCUGGUCUGUAGCAGUGGUACUGGGUCAGGAUGGCUGGAGUGUGACUUACACCACUCAGAGUAUCUGUACCUUGAAGGGGUCAACAGUGGAGCUGACCUGCUCUUACACACAUCCCAGUGGUCAUACAGUCACAACAACCUUCUGGUUCACUAAAAAUGAUGCUGUUGGUCCUGUAAGUCUGAGUGAUGACCCAGACUACAAAGGACGUGUGACGUACCGUGAGAAUAAAGAGAAUGGUCACACCCUGACAAUCACAGACCUGAGAGAGAGUGACUCAGCUACGUACAAAUUCAGAUUUACAGAUCAGACUGGAACAUGGAGAUAUACUGGCAAACCUGGAGUCACUCUGUCUGUCACAGGUCUUCAGGUGAAGGUGACUGGUGGACAUCAGGAUAAGACACUGACCUGUAUCACCACCUGUACUCUGACUGACAACCCCACCUACAUCUGGUACAAGAACGGACACAAAGUAAAGGAGGACACUUCCAGCCUGGACUCAGACUCCUUUAGUGAUGCAGACAGUUAUUCCUGUGCUGUAAAAGGCCGUGAGGAUCUCCACUCUCCUGCAGUGUGUCAGAAGUGUUGGAGUGUGACUUACACCCAUCAGAGUAUCUGUGUCUUGAAGGGGUCAACAGUGGACAUAUCCUGCUCUUACACAUAUCCCAGUUAUCAUGAGAUCAAACAAGCUUUCUGGUUUACUAAAUGGUCUGGUAUGGAGGCUGAAGAUCUGAGCUCAGUGCCAGGGUAUGAAGGUCAUAUAGAGUACCUUGGGGAUAAGGAGAGUGACUGUACCCUGAGAAUCACAGACCUGAGAUUGAGUGACUCUGCUGGGUUCAGGUUCAGAUUCAUAACAUCUGGAGACAAGUUUUCUGGCUCACCUGUCUCCCUGACUGUCACAGAUCUUCAGGUAAAGAUGACAACUUCACUGUUUUCAAGAUGGGUGACACUGACCUGUAUCACCACCUGUACUCUGACUGACAACCCCACCUACAUCUGGUACAAGAACGGAGACAAAGUAAAGGAGGACACCUCCAGACAGUACUCAGACUACAUUAGUGAUGCAGACAGUUAUUCCUGUGCUGUAAAAGGCCAUGAGGAUCUCCACUCUCCUGCAGUGUGUGUCCGUGGUCAGAAGUGUUGGAGUGUGACUUACCCCCAUCAGGGAGUCUGUGCCUUGAAGGGGUCAUCAGUGGAUAUAUCCUCCACGUAUGACAGUGGUUAUGAUACGAUCACAUCAACACUCUGGUUUAGUCCCAAACAGAGUGACAGGUGGAGGGAUGAGUUGAUCCCUGAGGACCUAACCACAGACCCAGGGUAUGCAGGUCGUGUGGAGUAUGUUGGAGAGAAGGAGAGAGGUCGCUCCACCCUGAGAAUCACAGAUCUGAGAGAGGAGGACUCAGCUGAGUACAAGUUCAUAUUCAACACACAGACAUCAAGAUGGGGACACAGCUUCCCUGGAACAACUCUGACUGUCACAGGUCUUCAGGUGCGGAUUAAGGAUCCAACCAACAUCAUAGAGGGAAAGCGGCUUUGUCUGUUCUGUGAGUCCAUAUGCUUUCUGCAGGACAACCCCUCUUACAUCUGGUACAAGAACGGACAACGUCUGUUCAGACACGAGACUAAGUACCUGAUCCUAGACCCAGUCAGCAGUGAGGAUGCAGGCAGAUACUCCUGUGCUGUUAAUGGCCAGGAGGAUCUCCCCUCUGCUGAAGAGACUCUCACUGUCAGAUAUGGCCAAAGCAACACCUCAGUGUCAGUGAGUCCCUCUGGUGAAAUAGUGGAGGGCAGUUCAGUGACUCUGACCUGCAGCAGUGAUGCAAACCCACCUGUGGACAAAUACACUUGGUACAAGAUAACAUACAAGAAAAUGUCAAUGAGACAUUCUGGACAGAGCUACACCAUCCAUAAUAUCAGCUCUGAGGACAGAGGAGAAUAUUACUGUGAGGCUGAGAAUGAAGUUGGAGCCAAAAUAUCAAAGCUUGUUCCUGUAAAUGUGUUGUAUAAACCAAGGAACACCUCAGUGUCAGUCAGUCCCUCUGGUGAAAUAGUGGAGGGCAGUUCAGUGACUCUGACCUGCAGCAGUGACGCCAACCCACCUGUGGAAAACUACACCUGGUACAAGAAGAACGUGAUCUCACCAAAAGCAUCAGGACAGAGAUACACCAUCCAUAAUAUCAGCUCUGAGGACAGAGAGAGAUACUACUGUGAGGCUCUGAACAUUAUAGGGAGAGAGACUGUCCCUGUCCAUAUUCAUGUUACAUGUAAAUUUCAUUCUGACAUCAUGCAUUUAUAA